GCUGCGGGGAGUUUGCAAUUAAUAACUGAAUUAAAGAUAUUGGUGUUCAGAUUUAUUUUCUUUGUUAGAUCAUUUUCUAUCAUUCUAGAUAGUUUUCAAAACGAAAUUCAACAAAAGUUGUUUUGUAUUUAUCAGAUUUUUCAAACAAAAUGGCGAAAGAAGUUCCUUAAAAUAAUUACGAGUUUUGACUCCGCCCACUUUCAAAUUUAUAAUUCAUAUUUAUUUUUAAAAAAUAUGAAAUAUAUUUGACUGAUAUAGCACCAUAUUUCAUGGGUAAAUUAAAUAAAACGUUUAUUUAAUUGAAUAUAUAAAAUAAAUUGCAUAUUUCUGUAAACAAUGAGAUAUUUUUCAUUAUACGUAGUCUCAUAUAUAUAUAUAAACAUAGCCACAUAUUCAACGAGAACAAUGUAUACACGUCAUAACAUCCGAAACCCGGUUUUUUCUAGCAAAUCCCCCGGUACAAACACAAUUUUACAUUUAUAACUUCACAGUGCACUACUUGUUACAAUAUAUUAGUCAACCUUAUGCGCUUAUUUUCGGAGCUGUAAAUGUUUGUUUGUUCCCCUGGAUUAGCAAGGAAAAGCAUAGAAUAUUCUUAAUUCCAGGGUAAGUCUAUUCUUAUAUUUUCGCUGACUUAAGAUAACAUGUUUUAUGUGCGUUAGGCUUUUAAGGACGUUUUUCGGAGUUUUCAUUAAGACAUACAGACAAAAUUAAACAUGUUUAAUAGAAUUUCUAUAAAUUUAGCAUGUUGUUAGAAUAUGAUAAUAGAAAUAUUUUGGGCGAAACAAAUUUGGGGUCGACGGUCUCACUUCUGAGCUAUCUUCCCUUGUACAGAGUAUUAUACUUACUUUUUACUUACUUUUUUACUCAUUUCAAAGGCAGAUAACUUAUUCGAACAGGUAUGUCUUUACAUCUGAAUUAUGUCACAGUUUUAGAAAAGAAGGUGAAAAAAGAGAAUCCACUCUUUAUUCCUUAAUGAAAUUUUGCACAUUCACUCAAACAGAAGUAAACAAUAUAAAAUAAGUAAAACAAUAGGUAUUGUUUACAUUCAUUGUGAAUUAUCUGAUACUGAAGCAAAAAUCCAAAUUCAGGGACAGAUAAGCAGUGACCCCCAAAUUUUGCUUAAAGUGUUCCUAUAUUCUAACAACAUGCCAAGUUUUAAGAAAUUCUAUUGAACUGUUUUAAUUUUGCCUGAAAGUCUAUAUGAAAAAACACCCAAAAACUUCUUUAACUACGUAAUGAUCCUUUUGAACCUUUGCAGACUACGUGAUGAAAUAACUUAAAUAUUUCGAAUUAAAAUUGAAAGAGAAGAGUUGAUAAAAAACUGUUAAAGACUAUAAUUAUUUUCCUCAACGUUGACGCAUUAACAUGUCACGCAUUUAAACAUAGUUUUAAAAAACCUAAAUGAUCGGAAUAAAAACAACUAUGUUUUAGUUAUGGAUACAAUUUAAGAUAUUGUUUCACUAAAACAUAUUAUCGAAAUGCAGAUCAUUUAAAGCAUAUUGUCCUUGAUUGUAUUUCAUGUUACGCUAUGAUGAAACAACAACAAAAAAUAACAAGGAAAUAAACUUGUUAAAAAGGAAACUUAAACCGAACUGUUUAAGACAGUACACACUUAUAGACUUUUCUCUUACAUUCAAUACAUGUACUUUUUUUUCAUAACUAUAAAGACAAUAUUAGUGCAAUUAAAUGUCAUUUCAUCGCUUAUAUAUCCCCUUAAUCCCUUGUAAUAGCUGAUGUUAGUCUCUGGCUACCAUUCGGCCAAAGACCUGAACUCGGCGUAUACUCAAAAUAAGCCGAGGCACGCCCCUGCAUUGUUGUAAGAACAUAUGCACACUCCAUGAUAAAAUUGUACCAUCUAUCUUCAAGUCGUUGUUGUUGUUGUUGCUUGUUCUUCAAAGUUUUUAUGACAAACCAUUGAAUAUCAACUUGAAACAAAAAACAAUUUUGUUUGCUUUAAAUUAUUAUCAAAAAACGUUCACUGCAAUGGUAACAGCAAAUGAGCACUGUUCCACACAUUAAAAUAUUACAUAAUUAUAAAUGUCAGUGGAGGAUAAAACAUUGAUUUUUAACAGAAAAGAAAAUCUAACAUUAUCUGCAGAAUGUUUAAACCAUAACAUUUAAAAAAAAUUAUCGAUACGCUUUCAAAUUCACUUUUCUCUAAUCUUACAUGAGUUGCUGACUUUUUUCUAUUUUAAAACAUUUACAUUUGAACCUUUGCACACUUUUAUCUCUUUAUCAAAGGUAUGUCAAUAAACAAUUUCCUAAACAAUUCGAACUUUAAAAUAGUUUCAAAUGAUAUAUUUAUCUCAAUUAUGCGCAUGAUAUAAAUAAAAUGUAACGUCACUGUACCAGGAAGAUUUUUAUCAAUGGUUACUUUUAUACAUUUUAUCUUCACAUUUUGUUCUAUAUCGAAAGAACACCUCAUGAUGAGUUGUGUCUAUUUUCAAUUCUUAUGUCAGUUUCAUAAUCUUAAAACAAUAUGUUUAAAAGAUACCGUACCAAGAAACUUCAAUAUAUAACAGGAAUAUUAUCUUAUCACUUUUAACUUUAUACUAAACGUACCUGUACAAAUUGCCCUGUAUCUAACACGUCACGUCAUGAUUGCUUAUGUCUGUAAUAAUUUUGAUCAAUUUUAGUAACAACAAGUUGUUAAAUUAUACCAUGUCUUGUGUCUCUUUAAAACUCAUUUUACCUUUCUUGGGUACAGGUAAAUGGUAAUAUAAUGCAUGAUUUGAAUAUUCAAGUUUGUUUGCCAAACUUUGCAACAUUUUCAGUAUUUCUUCUGCUAUGUUUGAGUCGUUAAGUCAUUCAUUAUGAUGUGAAUCAGUUUUCAAUGUCAAUCGCUUACUACAUUGAUAUUUACAUUGUUGGCAAAUCAUUUCUAUAAACAUUACAUUGUAUUUGAUCAAUAUUGUUCGUUUAAUCGUGCGUAUAUAUUUUCCUUUCCUCCUAGAUAUAACUUUCAUAGCGAUCGUUUCUGGUCAUAAUCAUGUAAAAUGGUUUAAUUUCUAGCUGUACAUACAUUCUUUCUGUUCUUAUUUUCAUAUCAUCCGUUUUAAAAUUGCACAGCGUAACAUACUUGCCCUAUCACAUUAUUUUUUACAGACCAUGACAGAAAAUUUUAACGAAAAAAGAGGAAAAAUAAUUGAUUAACUAUGGUUUAUAUUACAAGAAACCAUCCUUGAUUAAAUAUGGUUUAUAUAACAAGAAACCAUCCUUUACGUAAAAACUGUGCCAUUGAAAUUUUUCUUUAUAAUUGUUGCAUUCUUUUAGUCUGUUUACAAUAAAGUAAUAGUGAGUAAGUGGUAAUAUUCAUAACUUUGGCGGCGAUCUUAGACGCCAUCUUUGAUUUCUCUAUUCACCACCAUUUAUGACAAUUUAUGCCGUCAGUUUUACCACCUAUACACAAUUGGGAACAUUUUGGUAUAUGACAUGUCUUGUUUAAAUGGGUCCGGGUAGAGCCUUUACUAGGUUAGUUUUUCGUAAUUGUCACCCUAUUAAGUACGCUAUACAUGUACAUCACAAUAAGAAGAGAGCAAAUAUUGUGAAUACUUUCUCGGUUUUUUGUUUGGCAUAUUCACGAAAAACAAACACAAUUUUCAGAUUUUAUUCUAUGCCAAUUCCCUGAAUUCUGUAGCAUUUCAACAAAGACCAUUUAAUUGUCAACUAUAAAAAAUAUGCAGCUAAAUGUCGGCGUGUGUGUGAGAUUAUGAAUUAUACGACAGUACGUAUGAUUAAACCAAACAUAUUUAUAUUGUACUGAUAAAAACACUUUAUUCUAAAUCAUCAACUAUAAAUUUUUGUAUGAAAAUGAAUUUAGAAACAUCGCAUACGUAUUCAAUAAAAAUUAUUUAUAAAUUAUAUGAUAAAACAAAUAUGUACUUUUUAGCUGGUCAAUAUAUUUUUAGUACACAUCACGUCACCUUUAUCAGCUUAAAAGUCCUUUUAUGUGUAAUGAUAAGUUAUCAAAUGCUUACAAAAUGUCUACCUUUAUUAAAUGUUAACGAAUUAUCAAACGAUGACAUAUAUUUUAAAAUAAGCAUAGGUUAUCGCUAUGAUUAUUUGAAAUUAUAUAUAUUAUUUGCGCAACAAAUAUAAAGAAAAUUUGUCAUAAAAAAUAAGUUAAACUUGUUUUUUUCCACUACAUUCAAUUUUAGGCUUGUUAGCUAUUAAUGGGUCAUAUACAAAUGUCCCAGUUAGUGUUAAUGGCAACUGUCAAAUAACAUAGCAUGGCUUUAAUCCGACACGUACAAAUACAGUUUUAAUUGUGUUCAUCUGUACAUGUGUUAACUUCUAGAAUGACUGAACAAUUCAACGAAAUUUCAUAAUUUUAUAUAUUAUAUAUAUUUAAAAAUAAAAAAUGCGAAUGCUUCAAUGUAUACACACUGUACAAGGAACAUUAUCUUAUUAAUGUUAACUUAACAUUGAUUAUAUCUAUACAAAAGUCAUACCGUUCUCUUUAAUCUUAUUGGUACACAUGACGUUGUGACUUUUUUUCAAUGUCAUAAUCUUAAAACGAUUUGUGCAAAGAGUAUCAACUUAAAACAAUUAACCAUUUUCUUUGCUUUAAACUAUUAUGAAAAAAUAACGUUCACUGCAUAGCUAACAGCAACUGAGCACUGUUCCACACACGAAAAUACUACAUAACUAUGAAUGUUGUCAGUGUAUGAUAAAACAUGAAUUUUUAACUGAAAAAAAAAUCUAACAUUUUCUAUAGAAUGUUUUUACCAUUCUAUCGGUAUGCUUUCAAUUUUACUUUUCUCUAAUCUUACGUGUGUUGCUGACUUGUUUCUAUUUUAAAAUAAUAUUAUUAUUUGAACCUUUGUACAUUUUUAUCUCUUUAUCAAAGGUAUGCAAAUAAACAAUGUCCUUAACAAUUCUAACGCGAAAACAAUUUUCAAAUGAUAUUUUUACCUCAAUCAUGCGCAUGAUAUAAAAUGUAACUUCACUACCUCGAGCAUUGUUUAAUCAAUGGUUACUUCUAUACAUUUUAUCUACAUAUAUUGGUCUUUAUCUAAAGACACCUCAUCAUGAUGAGUUGUGUCUAUUUUCAAUUCUUAUGUCAGUUCCAUAAUCAUAACACUCUGUGUGCAAAAGAUAGCGUACCAAGAAACUUCUAUAUUUAUAAUUUAUCUUAUCAAUAUCAAUUUUAUAUCAAACGUAUCUGUACAAAUUGCCCCGUAUCUAACGCUUACACGUAAUGGUGGCUAAUGUCUAUAAUAAUUUUAAGUUUAGUGACAAUAAGGUGUUUAAACAUACCAUGUUUUGGGCCUGUUUGAAACUCAUUUAUCUUUUUGGGUACACGUUAGUGGUGAUAUAAUGCAUGAUUUGAAUAUUCAUUUUUGUUUGACAAAUUUUGCAACAUUUUGUAGGUUAUUUUCUGCUAUGUUUAUGUCGUUUAGUCAUGCAUUAUGGUCUGAAUCAGUUUUUAGUGUCAGUCGUUUACUUCAUUGAAAUUUACAUUGUUGGCAAAAUAUUUCUUUAAACAAUACAUUGUAUUUUAUCGAUAUAAAUCGUGCGUAUAUAUUUUUCUUUCUUCCUAGAUAUAACUUUCAUAGCGACCGUUUCUGGUUAUUAUCAUGUGAAAUGGUUUAACUUCUAGCUGUACAUACAUGCUUUCUGUUUUUAUGUUCAUGUCAUUUGCUUUAAAAUUGCAUAGCGUAACAUAUUGACCUUAAAAUCUAUCACAUUUUAGAAAAAUGCACAAAGGAUAUGGUAAGGUGACAAUCAAGCAAUUCAGAAACUUGAACUCGGACCCAUUUUUGUUAAGCAAGGCAUGUCAUAUACCAAAAUGAUCCAAAAUAUUUAUAGUAAACUGCCGGCAUAAAUAUUGGCGAAAAGAGAAGUCAAAGAUGGUGUCCAAGAUGGCUGCCAACAAUAAAAAAAACAACUUACUUUCUAUUACUUAAUUUUAGGAAGUAAAAACAGAUGUAUUUGUUCUUUUCAUGCAUUUUGUAUCAAAUACAUGUCACACAGUCAUACACUUUUAGCAUCUAAUAUCAAUGUAAACAUAUUUUACAGACCGUGACAGGAAAUUUUGACGAAAAAAGACGAAAAUUUACUGAUUUACUAUGGCUAAUAUUACAAGAAAUCAUCCUUUACGUUAAAAUAUGACAUUGAUUUUUUUCUUUUUAAGUGUAUUAUCUGUUAAAUCUGCUUAAAAUUAAUUAUUAUUGGGUAAGUGGUAAUUUUCAUUUUUUUUGGCGGCCAUUUUCGACAUCAUCUUGGAUUUCUAUGUUCGCCACCAUAUAUGCCAAUUUAUGCCGGCAGUUUCGGAACCUAUUAACAUUUGGGAACAUUUUGGUAUAUGACAUGUUUUGUUAAAAAUGGUUCCGGGUUGAGCCUAAAAAGGUUAAUUUUUCGUAAUUGUCACGCCACUAAGUUGAUACGCUAUACAUCACAUAUUCAAGAAUAACAAACAAAAGUUCCCAAUAUUAUUCUGUGCCAAUUACGAAAUUCUUGAACACUUCAGCAAAGACCAUUUAAAUGUAAAGUAUAAAAAGAUAUGCAGCUAAAUGUCGGUGUGUGUGUGUAUAACAUUACAAAUUAUACGACAAUAUGUAUGACCUUACCCAACAAUUUAAUUUCGUACUCAUAAUGCUUUGAUUACAAAGAGCGUCUACUUAUCCACAAUGUAUGAUACUGUUUUUUCUGGCAUGCGUUAUCAUCUAUCUCUCAUUACCAUGUUCUCUCGUUUUUAAAUGUUAUCAUGACCAUUUCAACAACAUUUUUACGUAUCAAUUUUCUUUUUUAAGAUUUAUUGUAUAUUGUAUAUCAAGAGUUCACCUAAAGAGACAUUAAGCACUUGAGAAGUUAAAAUGGACAGUCAAUAUACAGUCACACAAGUGUAUAUCUUAGGAGAUAAAUCAAAUGUACAGACAUGUGUUGAACGACAAACUAGAAGACCUUGUGUUCUACAAAACAUGUGGACAGUGAUCUCAGUCGCAUCUUUAUUAGAGGAUGUGUUGUCUAUGGACUAUCAGAAAGAGGCUCAGAUCGAAAACGACAAAGAUUUGGAAAACUAUGCACACGGCGAAGCAUUUGGUAAUGAUGUCGAGGCACAUUCAUCUGUCGGAAAGGAGCGUCUUUCACCACUUGGUAGAUCACCUGAGAGCAAUGACACAACAAGCUUUUUUGUAACUGGCGAUCAACAUCGGCGAAACGAAGGGGAACAAAAUGAAAGGGAGAUGAAAGUUGACAUGAAUGCAAUAGUUAUAGAAGAAGAGAGUGGUAUAAAUGAUGAUCUUGCACCAUUUAUAUUUACAUUAUUUACCUGGCCCGCGUUGAUCCUGCUCGCUAUAGACAGUAGCACAUUUAGUAUUGAGCGUUAUAAAGGUUUUGUCAAAGAAUUGGGAGUUCUUGCAUCGUUGGAAGAAGCCAAGUCUAAAUUGCUGUUAGUUGAUACCAACUCAGCGGUAGACGAAGAGAACAUAGAAGGUCAUUUUCCUUCCGCUAUCAGAAAAACAUAUUUUACUAGACACAGUCAUUUUGAAUGGUGUCCCGUUUCAGAAAUGUGUCGUAAGAUGAAGGACAUGCUUAAGGAGAUGACUUUAAGCUAUGCAAACUGUCCGAAAUCAUGCAAAAACAUGUUUGCAUCCGGUCAACUUUUUUGUCCUCUUGAGGAAUGUGAUAAAAAAGAAAUUGAAUGGCUAGUCAGAAGAAAGCAGUUAAUACUAUUCAAAUCAAAUGACGAAGAAUUUGUGUGCAAGCCAGAUACGCUCAUUAACAAAUUUAAGAGCAUCUUAGCCGAGAUGUUCAAAUCAGUUUCGUCUAUAGAUUGUAUUUUAAAGUUGUAUAGAUUUUAUAGAUAUAUUAACAUAUCUGCAAGCAAGGAGCGUCUAACGGAUGCUCUAAUCGAGACAGGUUUUAUUUUUGUAGAAGAUGAUUCACAAAAUGAUACGCUUUAUAUGCUUCCGUUCAUAUAUUCAAACAGAAUGCCAGCUUUUGAUUGUAAAAUGUAUUCUCCUCAUGCCAAUGCUCUCCGAAUGACCGUCAAUGUCGAUAUAAUACCAGCCUUCGUAAUAGGGAAGAUGUACACUAUUCUCUUAAGCAAAGGCUGGAACAUUUUAUGUAGUGGGCCAUAUAAUACUCAAAUCAAAAAUUCUCUUAUAUUUUGUAAAAAAUCACACAGACUUUUCGUACACUUUCAUGUAGCGAAAGUUUAUUUGCUGGACUUGAAUAUUGAAACCAGUUCAAAGGAUACAAACAUAAAUAGAGAAUAUCAGGAACUGCGAAAAUCUUUUGAAAACGAACUGAAACACUUGGGAAAAGGACCAAGCAACGAAAAGAAUUUAGAAUGUCACUUUUUCAAAAUUAGAGGGAAUCAAGAAAUAAAGAGUGUUAUAGAGGAAGAAGGAAAUGAAUGGGAAAAUGUGUUUGAGGAGAAUAAUAGAUUUGUUACAAGAGAAGUAUCUCCUUGGUUUUCUACACAGAUCCAAGAAGUUGAAAGAAAAAUAAAUAAACCAAUCAGCGAUGCAUUUUUGGCAGAAGUUUCUAACUUAUUUGGCAAGAAUACUAAUAUGUUUUUCCUGAGCGAGGGAAUACCAGCGCCAUUGUUAGAUCAAAUUGAAAAGAACCGCAAAGGAGAGGCAAAAGAAGCAACGUUCGAAAUGCUUAAGGAAUGGAGAAAACAAAAAGGGCAGGCAGCUACUAUAGCUGAUUUGCGAACAGCCAUACAGGAAAGUUCCCAUGUCAUUGUCAAUCUGCACGAAUUCGAUCAAAUUGUUUUGAGGCUUAAUUGACACUUAUGAACAAUGAAUUUCGAAACUUUGAUGUGUUCUUAGAACUGGUCUGUUUCUAACAAUUUUGAUAGAUAUUUACAUGUCAUUCUCAAGUCUUUAUGUUCUUUAACAUUUUCUGAGUUGAUGUAUGUUUUCGUUUGGACAAGAGCUAACUACACAAUUUCAUUUGGAACAUAAUGUAUACAAGUCAUGUAUUUUUAAAACGGUUUAAUAAUACCAGUUUGGGAAAAUAAACUUUAGGGGCAUGAUGAAAUUACUAUUUCAGUUUUUAAAAGGGACUGUUUUGCUCAGUAUGCAACGGAGGUGAACUAAACUGUGUAGGUAGAAUUGCUCGGAAAACAUACGCACUUUUUACUGUACAAUCUAAGACUAAAAAGGAAACUAACCUUUGAAUUCACGGAUUCGGUUUGACUUAGACUAAUUUUGACAAGUAACAAAAUGUACUUUUUCAUAAUCACUGAAAACAUUUUGAAAAUAUUUAAGAAACAUGUUGAAUUCGAGACACUGCAAUAAGCUUAUGUUACAAAUAUACAAGUACAAUACUCAAUGAGAAAACAAGAGAAGUAUAUUUCUUAGAACAAACACUGUAUGUAGGCUAUUUAUGUGUUUUAUUUGAUUGAAUUUAAUAUCUAGUUAUAUCUUAUAUUUAUUUAGCUGUAUGAACAAACUAAAACAUGUAUGUUGUGUAUUUUUCACAUUGCUGACAAAAACAUUAAUAUUCCCAUAUUCUUUGUUAAACGUUCUUUCCUUUUCAUCUGUAUAUAUCAUAUACAUUUUCAUGCUUUUGCUAUUUCGUAGAAAAAUAUUUAACGUUAUGUUUAUAUUUGAUACUUGUUUAGUUUACUAGUAUUGCCGAUAAAGUAAUGAUAAUUGACUGGAAUGACAGCUUAAUAUAUAUUUGUAGAGACGAGAAGAAUUAAUAAAUACGAUCAGUAAAUUAUCUCAAACAAUACUUUUAAUCAUAUGUUGCAUUACAAAAUAGUCUUUUCUCUUGUAGCCAUUUUUGAAUAGCUUUUUUUCUCUUGUAGCAAUUUUGUACUCAUUCAAGGCUAUUAAUUGGACUUGUUUAUAUGUUUCAUUAGAAGCUUUCAUUAUGAUGUUGAAACUGAUUGACAAUUAUAUAUAAUAGACACAAAGAUAUGGAGUUCCAGAAAUGAUAAUUAUGAUACUAACCUUAAUUUUGUCAAAUCAAAGUUAUUGAAUUUUAUACGAUCGUCUUUGUUUUAAUAUGAGAUUGAAUAAUUCUAUCAUUUAAAAACGUAUAUUGUUAAGAAAUAGCGGUGAUUUACUAUAUAAUUUUCUCUUAAUGGGUCAAACUGAAAACUAUUUAUUUGAAUAUAAAAAUUAUCAGUAAACAUUCAAUCAAAACAGUUAUGUCCAGAAAAAAUAUGUUUUAAUAAAGACAUCAUUUUGUUGUUUUCAAAAUCAUCCAAAUUAUAUGAACACAUAAAAUCAGUAUAUAUGUACAUAUGGUUUGAUUGAAGUCAAUAAUAAGCAUUAAUUUGCAUUUGUGUUUAGAAUGUGUCAAUUCAACUUAUUUAUUCCUUUUCAGUUUGAAAACAAUUGUCACAAUCCCAGUGUAUUUCUAAGAAUUUUACUUUAAGUAAGCAAAUUAAAAGUUUAUUUUUUUUAUUUUUUUUACAAUCAUAUUGAUUAAAAUAUAUUAAAUAUGUAUAUCAAUUAAUCAUUUUUUAGAUCGUUAUUUGCA